AUGGUGGCGAGCGCGGCGCUGCCUUCCGACGACCUUCGGCCGGCGCGAGUGAGCGAGCGAGCGAGCAGCGGGGAGCGCGGCGCCCGCGUCGGCGGUGAACGAACUCACCUUGACAAAUGCACCAUUUGGCAUUGUUCGCGGGAAAACCGGCGGCCUUGCGCGCCACCGACCGCCGCGCCGCCUAGCCGCCGCCUCGCCGCGCCGGCCAAUCACGCGCCUUCGCGCCACAGCCUGCGCCCGUUUUGGCGGGAACCACUCGGCCGAAUGUUGACCGCUUGGCGCGCGGCGCGCCGCCACAUCGCUUCGUUUUCAGCGCUCCCUUUCAAAGCGACCUCAACGCAUGCGGGC